CACGCGAUUGAUUUUCCUUUGGGAGUUUGUGCAGCCACCUCGUACGUUGAUUCGACUUUGUCGACCCAUCUCUCGUGUAGUCUAGCUCCUAUCCAACAUCGACCUGGGACAAGGCCCCCCUCAUUUCUUUGUGAAAUUUGGAGUGAGCCACCUACAUCGACGAAAUGACUCUGCUGCAGACUGCGACCUCAGGCAAUAUGGGCGAUGUGACAAACCCAUUCAUCAGCAAGACUCCUGCUUCACCUCGUAAAGGUUCUACCACCCCCGAUGACUCCUUGAGUCUCCUUCGAGAAGGUAUGGGAAGGAUGGAUAUCGCAUCCAAGGGUGGAGCAGUGGAUAUCAGCGGCUCAGCAGUACUCAAGGAGAAUAAGGAUGCUAGCGGAAGAGAGAGAGACCGUUUCGUUCCUUCUCGACCGACCUCACUCCAUCACACAUCCCACUCGUCUACGACCCUACCGACUCUCGCCCUGGACUCACAUACCCCUGACACCUCCAUGGAUCAUUCGAUGAGCACAGUAGGGGAUCGCACGACCGCAUCCCUCUCAGAAUCACUAGGUAUUCCUACCUCCGGCCGUCGUAUCCUGUCUUUCCGUUCUGCUCCGCCCCUAGCGUCCCAUGCCACGUCUCAUCUGGACGUGCAGCGGAAUUAUUUACUUCACACUACUGGAUCCUCCAGCCGUGGUGUCACUCAGGGAGAUGGGACGGCAGCGAGUGGAGUGAAGAAACGACCUCCACCGUAUAUCCCUGAGCGAGUACUUGAUGCACCUGGGUUCGUGGAUGACUAUUACCUCAACCUCAUGGACUGGAGUUGUGCGAACAGAGUCGCGAUCGGUUUGGGUGACUUGGCGUACGUCUGGGAUGCAGAGACAGGCACUGUCACCGCGCUCGGAGAGGGAAGUACCGAUCAAACGCCCGUGACUUGCGUCUCGUGGUCAAACGAUGGCUCAUAUCUCGCUGUCGGAAACGACAAUGGCGAGGUGGAGAUCUGGGAUGUGGAGGAGGGCAAGAAGAUGCGAGUAAUGGGUGGACAUAACGCUCGUGUCCCAUCAAUGUCCUGGAAUGGGCAUGUGCUUUCCUCAGGAUGCCGGGACGGCUCCAUUCAUCACCACGACGUACGAGUGGCCAAGCACAAAGUCAUGGAGCUGGUCGGGCACAAUGCAGAAGUAUGCGGUCUUACUUGGCGUUCGGAUGGUCAAUUCCUUGCCAGUGGAGGUAAUGACAAUGUGGUGAACUGCUGGGAUGGUCGAAUCGGUCAGUCCAUCCUCCACACUGGCGAGGGAGUGCCGCGAGGUGUCGCCAAAUGGACGAAAAGGAAUCACACUGCCGCCGUCAAAGCUUUGGCUUGGUGCCCUUGGCAGAGUAAUCUGCUUGCGACCGGAGGUGGUACACACGAUCAACACAUUCACUUUUGGUCCUCGACGACCGGUGCAAGAACCGCUUCACUACACACCGAGACCCAAGUCACCUCGCUUGUCUGGUCACCGCAUUCGAAAGAACUCUUGUCGACUCAUGGCUUCCCCAACAACAAUAUCUGUCUCUGGGCUUAUCCAUCUCUCGGAAAAAUCUAUGACAUCCCCGCUCACGAUCAACGAGUCUUGUCCAGUGCCCUCAGUCCCGAUGGAUGUACGGUUGCGACUGCCGCGUCGGAUGAGAACCUCAAAUUCUGGAAGAUUUGGGAACCGAGAGCUUCGGGUAAGAAGGGCGAGGAGAGCGAGAGGGAUGGGCAGGGAAGGAGCAAGACAUCAGUUAUGAUUCGCUAGGUGGAGCGUGGCCCCUUGUGACUUGUCUUCCGAUGGAAUAGGAUUGAUACGUGCUGAAUGAUGACUCAUGAAUGACGAUUACAUG